AUGAGAAUAAAUACGACUGUACUUCGAUCGGCCAUUGAAGAAGAUAUAGCAUCUGGCAAGAUUCCGUUCCUUAUUGUUGGGAACGCAGGGACUACAAACACCGGCACCGUUGAUCCGUUUCCUGAACUGGCAGCCAUUGCGAAGGAGGAGAGCCUGUGGCUCCAUGCUGACGGAGCAUACGGUGCAUCUGCGUUGCUUUGCAAAUCCCGCCGCAGCAUUCUUAACGGCAUUGAACUCUGCGACAGUCUUUCCUGGGAUGCCCAUAAAUGGCUUUUCCAAACCUACGGCUGUGGAAUGGUCCUCGUUCAAAAUCGCAAAAACCUCACCUCAAGCUUUGGAACAACUGCAGAGUAUACUCAAGACGCCGCCGAAACAGCCGAGUCAUUGCCCAAUUUCUGGAACUAUGGGCCCGAACUUACACGACCUGCAAGAGCAAUGAAGCUGUGGUUCUCUUUCCAGCUCCUUGGCCUAGAUGCAGUUGACGAUGCCAUCAACCACGGAUUUGAACUGGCAGAGAUAGCACAGUCAUCAUUAGAGCGCCUGCCGGACUGGGAGAUUGUAUCAUCAGCGCAGAUGGGCAUCAUUUGCUUUCGAUACAAGCCUUCUGGAAUCCCUGCAGCAAGCUUGGAUGACUUGAAUACGAAAAUUUCUCAAAAGGCUAUUGAGCAGAAUCUGGCCGCGCCAUUGACAACAAGAUUAAAAGGGGUGCUGGUGCUGAGGAUAUGCUCUAUACAUCCCGGUUUAAGCGGCGAAGAAAUGGUGGCAAUCAUAGAUGGGUUGGACCAAAUUGCCCAGUCACUGCUGCCGAGUGUCAAUGGCACGACAAAUGGAGUGUAG